AUGAACGAAAAAAGUGCUAGUCAGCUGAAACAGAGCGAUUAUUUGCACGCGUUGGAAGAAGAGGAGACGGAAUUCUACGAAGCCAUCGAUCCAGCGCAACCGUCAACAUCGAAUGCGUAUCGGAAUGAAAAAUUCCAAUACGCCCACAUCCCUCAACACCUCACUCCACCGAUUGCUCAGCAUAAAAGUCGCCUGAGGGCCCUCCGACAAACCUCCGACGCCAUCACAGAAGCGGCAAAGAAAAAUGGCAUGCAGACGGUGGAUAGGUCCGGCUCCCGCUACGUGGUCCCCAUAACGAUGCAAGCGCACCCCACCCAACUAAACGACUAUAUUCUACCCGAAAAAGACGAUAUUCUGAGUCAAAACUCCCCGUUCCCCUACUGUAUCCAUUGUCAUUCGAUUUUCAAAACGUGGCGAGGAUUCGAGUAUCAUGUGCUGCAAAUUCAUUUAAAAUACCGCCCGUUUCGUUGUUAUCACUGUACAAAAGAGAGCUUUUACACGGAAGAGGAAGGCCGUUUUCAUUCCAGCACAUCUCAUCCGAAUGAGGAGAUUACGUUAUUCAAGGAUUUCGACGUGGUGAAGGAGUCGGCAGCCGAGCAGGCGUUCAAGCAGGUCUUCAUGAUGUGUAGAGACGGGCCAUUCGUCACCCGACAGCGUAUCUACGAAUGGGAACAGCAGGCGACUCGAGAAAUCAUGAAAUUUCACUUUUUGAAAUUCAAACGACCCAUCGUAGUGACCAAAAAGUUACCUACAGUAUCCCGAGAAAUUCAAACCGAGCUGACGAGCCUUCGAAUGAUGAUACCACAGAUUUUAGAGGAACAACAACAACAGCUCCAUCAUGCUCCGCCCAUUUUUCAGAGGCUCACCAUGACGGGUUAUCACAUUUCAACACCACUUCUAAGCGUAGGAGGACGUCCCAGAUCGACAGCUACGCAGCGGGAUGAAGAUCCCAGGGACCGAGAAAAACGAGUCGCCGCACUGAUGCAUGCUGUUACAACGUCUCAUAAUCAAUAA